GGUACUCGGAAUGUUUGUCUUAAACCGUUCAAGCGGGCUCAUUCAUCGAUCUGUACCUUUAUUAGCUCAAGUAUCCACGCCUACGACUUCCACAACAAAAUUAGCUCAACUUCACACAACGCAUGCACUAAGCAAAGAAGAUUAUUAUAAGACUUUGGGUGUCGACAAAAAAUCUGAUGCAAAAGCAAUCAAAAAGGCUUAUUUCCAGCUUGCCAAGAAAUACCAUCCAGAUGUAAACAAAACAAAAGAAGCGCAGACGAAAUUUCAAGAGAUUUCUGAAGCAUAUGAGGUACUUUCCGAUGACACAAAACGUCAAGAAUAUGAUGCAUACGGAAGCGGAGGUGGCCCAGCUGGUGGAAGAGGUGGUGCUGGAGGUUUCCACCACCAUGGAAAUGUUGAUGUUAACGAAAUUUUCAGAAGAGCAUUUGGUGGAGGGGGUGGAAUGGGUGGCUUUAAUUUUGAUAAUUUUGCCCAAAGUGCUUUCGGACAUUCUGCUGCUCAGGAAAUGGUUAUGGAUAUUUCGUUCGAAGAAGCUGUCCGAGGAGCCACCAAAAAUGUUUCUGUAAACGUAGUUGAAGAUUGUCUGAAAUGUCACGGAACUCAAGUUGAACCAGGUCACAAAAAGACGUCGUGUCCGUAUUGUAACGGAACUGGAGCAGUUUCUCAACGUCUUCAGGGUGGUUUCUUCUAUCAAACAACUUGUAAUCGAUGCAGAGGAAGUGGACAUUAUAAUAAGAAUCCUUGUCAAGAAUGUGAAGGUGAAGGUCAAACCGUUCAACGACGUCAAGUAUCAUUCAAUGUGCCAGCUGGAACUAAUAAUGGAGAUAGUUUGAAGUUCCAAGUGGGGAAAAAUCAAUUAUUUGUUCGUUUCAACGUUGCACCAUCUUUGAAAUUCCGACGUGAGAAAGAUGAUAUUCACUGUGACGUAGAUAUUUCUCUGGCUCAAGCUGUUCUUGGUGGUACUGUAAAGGUUCCUGGAAUUAAUGGAGAUACAUAUGUUCAUAUUCCGGCAGGAACUGGCAGUCACACUAAAAUGAGAUUAACAGGAAAAGGAGUAAAACGAUUGCAUUCUUACGGAAAUGGAGAUCAAUAUAUGCAUAUUAAAGUAACGGUUCCGAAAUAUUUGACAGCCGAACAGAAACAAAUUAUGUUGGCUUGGGCUGCGACGGAACAGCUGAAAGAUGGAACCAUCAAAGGAUUGGAGAAAAAUCAGAAAACCGAGGAGAAGGAGACGAAGAAAAAUGAGGAAAAGAAGUCUGAAGGUGCAUCAGAAUCACAAAAACGGAGAAGUGAGCCAGUAGCUGAGAAUGCAGAAACUAUUGACGAAAAUCAAGAAAACGAGGGAUUUUUCGAAAAAAUUAAACGAAAAAUUUUCGGAUAAGUCCGAGGAGAAGUCCGAGUCAAAAGAAGAGCCAAAAAACGAAGAAUCUAGUGAAACCCCCGAGAAAAAAGCUGCAGAAUCCUAAUAUUUGUCGCAAUUUAUCGAUUACUGUCCCAAUCUUUCCAGUUUUGUUCCCUUGAAAUUUGUUUUGUCUCAUUUGUAGUUCUAUUAGAGUGAUUAUAGUGUCUUUUUUGUUACACUUGUUUUUUUUUUCUAUUUUCAAUUAAACCGAAACAAAUUUAUCAAAUUUUAUUCAGAAAGAGAUAACACAACUAGCAAUGAUAUGAAGAGUUUUAUGGAUGAAACUGGAUUUUUU